AUGCAACCUGUAUUGUCCAGAGGUCAUGAUGAAGAAGCUGUUGUGGAUAUGGGCAAAAUCAGCUCUACUAUCAAUACAAACUUUGAGAAAGAAGAACUAGAGAGCCACAGAGCUGUGUAUAUUGGAGUUCACGUCCCCUUUGGAAAGCAAGGCCGUCGGCGGCAUAGACAUCGUGGGCACAGGCAUCACAGAAGAAAAAAAGAAAAAGAAACUGACCGAGAGGAUGGCCGAGAAUCUCCAUCAUACGACACGCCAUCCCAACGAGUGCAGUUUAUCUUGGGUACUGAAGAUGAUGAUGAACACAUUCCCCAUGAUCUCUUCACUGAAAUGGAUGAGCUUUGCUUCAGGGAUGGAGAAGAAUAUGAAUGGAAAGAAACGGCUAGGUGGCUGAAAUUUGAAGAGGAUGUUGAAGAUGGUGGCGAUCGAUGGAGCAAGCCUUAUGUAGCAACCCUGUCUCUGCAUAGUCUCUUUGAACUGCGAAGCUGUAUUCUUAAUGGGACCGUCAUGUUGGACAUGAGAGCAAACACUCUAGAUGAGAUAGCAGAUAUGGUUUUGGACAACAUGAUUGCCUCUGGCCAGCUGGAUGAAUCCAUAAGGGAGAAUGUGAGAGAGGCUCUUCUAAAAAGGCAUCAUCAUCAGAAUGAGAAAAAAUUCAGCAAUCGGAUUCCUCUGGUUCGAUCUUUUGCAGAUAUAGGCAAGAAACAUUCUGACCCUCACUUGCUUGAGCGAAAUGGGGAAGGCCUUUCAGCCUCCCGCCACUCUUUGCGAACAGGUCUCUCUGCCUCAAAUAUUUCCCUGAGAGGAGAAAACCGUUUGUCAGUUCUUCUCAAUUACCUUCUUCCUUCUUCAAGAACGGGAACCCCGGCAACCUCAAGGUGUACAACCCCCAUAACUACCCCUCAAAACACACCACCCUCCAGUCCUACCUGCAGCCACCUGCCAACCACAAGUGCCCAGCCAAGUCCACUUCAGGGCAAGGAAUUGCUGGUGUCACCUGCCAGUGAUGAUAUUCCUUCAGUAAUAAUCCACCCACCUGAGGAGGACUUAGAAGUGCAGGAAAGCCAGGAAAAGAAGACAGAGGAAAAUUUUAACAGAACACCAGGGCUAUUAGCGUCUCCACAGUCAGCACCUGGAAAUUUAGACACUGGGAAAAGUGGAGACGUUAAAGGUACUGGGACAGCAGGAAGCAGAGAAAACAGCACGGUUGAUUUUAGUAAGGUUGAUAUGAACUUCAUGAGGAAAAUUCCUUCAGGAGCAGAAGCAUCAAAUGUGUUAGUGGGAGAAGUAGAUUUUUUAGAAAGACCUAUUAUUGCUUUUGUGAGGCUGUCCCCUGCUGUGCUUCUCUCAGGUCUCACAGAGGUUCCAGUUCCUACACGGUUUUUGUUUUUGUUGCUGGGACCAGCAGGAAAAGCUCCACAGUACCAUGAAAUUGGAAGAUCUAUAGCAACACUUAUGACAGAUGAUGUUUUCCAUGAUGUUGCCUAUAAAGCAAAAGACCGAAAUGAUUUGUUGUCAGGAAUUGAUGAAUUUUUAGAUCAAGUGACAGUCCUGCCUCCAGGAGAAUGGGAUCCAUCUAUACGAAUUGAGCCACCAAAAAGUGUUCCUUCCCAGGAGAAAAGGAAGGUACCUAAAUUUCCAAAUGGAUCUACUCCUGUGGGAGAGACUCUCAAAGAAGAAGGCCAUCAUGCUGGACCUGAACUUCAGAGAACUGGAAGGCUUUUUGGUGGUUUGAUACUUGACAUCCAAAGGAAAGCACCUUUUUUCUUGAGUGACUUCAAGGAUGCAUUAAGCCUGCAGUGCCUGGCCUCGAUUCUUUUCCUAUACUGUGCCUGUAUGUCUCCUGUAAUCACUUUUGGAGGGCUCCUGGGAGAAGCUACACAAGGCAGAAUAAGUGCAAUAGAGUCUCUCUUUGGAGCCUCAUUAACUGGGAUUGCCUAUUCUCUCUUUGCUGGGCAACCUCUUACUAUUUUGGGAAGCACCGGACCAGUUCUAGUAUUUGAAAAAAUAUUAUUUAAAUUUUGCAGGGAUUAUGACCUUUCCUACCUCUCUCUGCGAACUAGCAUUGGUCUGUGGACCGCAUUUUUAUGCGUAGUGCUUGUAGCCACAGAUGCCAGCAGCCUUGUGUGUUACAUCACUCGAUUUACUGAGGAAGCUUUUGCAGCACUUAUAUGCAUCAUAUUUAUUUAUGAGGCACUGGAAAAGCUUUUUCAUUUGGGAGAAGUGUAUGCCUUCAAUAUGCACAAUGAUUUGGAUAAACUGACUUUAUAUUCAUGUGUGUGUUCUGAGCCUGAGAAACCCAGCAAUGAAACUUUGCGGGUAUGGAGGAAUAUGAAUAAGUCUAUGGAAAAUAUAGCAUGGAGUAAUCUUACAGUUUCUGAAUGUUUAGAAUUUCACGGUGUGUUUCGUGGAUCAGCUUGUGGCCAUCAUGGACCAUAUAUUCCAGAUGUUCUCUUCUGGUCUGUCAUAUUAUUUUUUACAACAUUUUUCCUCUCCUCUUUUCUCAAGCAAUUCAAGACCAAACGCUAUUUCCCAACUAAGGUGCGUUCUACCAUCAGUGACUUUGCAGUAUUUCUGACCAUAGUAAUCAUGGUUUUGAUUGACUAUCUUGUAGGAGUUCCUUCUCCUAAGCUUCAUGUUCCAGAGAAAUUUGAA